AGAGGAUUUCUCCACUCGCUCUUCAACUUUCUGUGUUCAACGUUUUCACUACGUCACAGCACGACCUCAAAGUUAGACUUUGACUCGGCAGAUAAGGAAGGUCGUGUGUUGGUAUUCCAGGGAAUCACGGAGGUAAAUUUGUGGAUUUGAAAACAACAAACAAAGAGCUGAGGAAAUGUCCAAGGCCACCGCAGCGCUCCUCGCCGCUUUGGGCUUCCUGUCGCUAUGGCCGGCUCGUUGCCACGGCAGCAGGAUCCUGGUGGUGCCGGUGGACGGCAGCCACUGGAUCAACAUGGCGGCGAUCCUGAAAGCGCUGCACUCCCGAGGCCACCGACUCACGGUGUUGCACUCCCCCAACAGCUGGUACAUCCCGACGAACGCCUCCUUUUACACUUCCAUCACCGCGACCAUGUUAGAGGACGGCACCAAAAAGGACUUUUAUAAUAAAAUCCUCAUGGAUGUUAUCGACUGCCGCCAGUCCGCCGGUUUGUUUAGGACCUUCUACCAGCAGCGCUUGAUCACGAACAUGUUGGCAAUGGGUCAUAAACGUCUCGCCGAAGCAGCCGGCGCAAUGUUUGACGACCCGGCUUUCAUGAAGAAGCUGCAGGAGGCCAAGUUUGAUCUCAUGCUCACCGACCCGGGCCUGCCGGUGGGGGUGCUUCUGGGGAAUUACCUCAAGUUGCCAAUGGUUUUCAACGUGCGCUGGAUGAAUAAUGGAGAGAGUCACUUUGCCGUGGCCCCCUCCCCACUCUCCUACGUCCCGGUGUCCGGCAGUGAACUACACGAUCGAAUGGAUUUUCAGGGAAGGCUCAAGAACAUGUUGCAUUACAUUUACAGUGUCAUUGAAUUCCGCUUUUACAUAAACUCAGCGUACUCGGAUCUGUUCCAGCGCCACUUCCCUCCCAAAACGGACUUGCUCACCUUGGAGCAGGCGGCUGAUAUCUGGCUCGUGAGGUCAGAUUUUGUCUUCGAGCUCCCUCGCCCGACCAUGCCCAACGUGGUCUACAUUGGGGGGUUCCAGUGCGAGAAGGCCCAACCCUUGCCUGCUGACCUGGAGGCCUUCGUGCAGAGCUCUGGGGAGCACGGGGUGGUGGUGAUGUCUUUGGGAACCCUGGUGUCAGCCCUGCCCGGUGAUGUCACCGAGGCCAUCGCGGCUGCGUUUGCUCAGCUCCCCCAGAAGGUGAUCUGGAGGAUUAAGGGAGAAACGCCUUCUUCCUUGGGCAACAACACCCGACUGGUGGACUGGCUGCCUCAGAAAGACCUCUUGGGACACCCCAAAACCCGUGCGUUUGUCGCGCACGGAGGCACCAAUGGUGUGUAUGAGGCCAUCUACCACGGAGUUCCAGUUCUGGGUCUGCCGCUGCUCUUUGACCAGUUUGACAACCUACUGCGGCUGCAGGUGCGUGGGGCGGCCCGGGUGGUGGAGGCCAAAUCGCUCACUCAGGAAGGCUUCCUCGAGGCUCUCAGGGACAUUCUGGAGACUCCGACCUACCGCGAUAACAUGCGUCGACUCUCUCGUCUCCAUCACGAUCGUCCGAUGCCUCCUUUGGAGAUCGCCAUCUUUUGGAUCGAGUACGUCUCCAGGCACCACGGAGCAUCCCAUUUGCGCCCAAUCGCUUACAGCCUCCCCUGGUACUCCUACUUCGGUGCGGAUGUGGUUCUUCUCCUCAUUCUUGUCGCCGCAGCCUUUGUGUGGACUUCCAUAUUCAUCUGUAAGAGUGUUUGCUGUCGGUGGUUCGGGAGAAAGAUGAAACGAGACUGACGCGUGUGACUGACAAACCUAUUCUCAUGGAAAGUCUUUUUCGCCAAUAUACACUCUCACUUGAUUUCAUUUUGAAUGAUCACUGAACUAAUGAUUACUGCAGCUGUGAAUCCAAACGCAGAGCAAACAGGUCGAGCUCGUCCGUGAGUGUCUCGGGACAGUUCGCCACUCGUCCUUACGUUGCAUCGUUAUCGUCAAAUCACACCGGUGGCAUUUUCAAGGAACCAAAAUGAGGGACUGGACGGGAACAAGUUUUCCCUUUUGAAAAAGACUUCCUGAGGUCAACGGUCUCCCCGCAGCCAUUCUUCCCCAAGACAAUCAUAAUUACGACAUGGAAUUCCUCCAUAAUCAUUGCCAUUGCUAACCUUGGACUGAUUUGUGUAAUAUUGCGAAUACUGUACCUGAAUGGCCAUUUCAGCGCUAUGUUUUGCAUAUUUACUACUGAUUACUGAUAUUGUCCAACAAUCAUGUAUGUUCAGCCCAUUUUUAAA